AUGGGUCGUGUUAUCCGCUCGCAACGUAAGGCGUCGACCAUCUUCAGGUCGCACACCCACCACAACAAGGCACCUGCUAAGCUUAGACCCUUGGACUUCUCCGAGAGGCAAGGGUACCUUCGCGGUGUUGUCAAGGAGAUCAUUCACGAUGCUGGCCGGUGAGUAUCAUCGCGAUGGGAUGCAGCACCGCGGAGAGGGAGACGGAGGGGACGUGAGGAAGGAGCGCGAGAGGAUGUGUGAGAGGGGCGAUCGCCUUGCCGUCUGCACCACGACACACAAGCAGCUUGGCGAGAGGCAACCGGACUUGGCGCGAUGUGGGCAGCUGAGGUGAAAGAGGGACGUAGGCACGGACUUUUGAUGGACGAGGUGUUGAUCGGGUACAGAUGACAAUAGGCUGCGAAUUGUGGGGUGUCGGGCAUGUUUGUGGUAUCUUGGGCCCUCGCCAGGAUUGCUUUCGCCCCGACCUCCUUGUGGCGAGCUGCUGCUCGGUUGCCGUGCCAAGUCAUUCCGAUGCUUACGCAAAAGGCAACAUGUCCUCUCUCUACAGUGGAGCUCCCCUUGCUCGCGUCGCUUUCCGCGACCCUUACCGCUUCAAGCAAAGAGUCGAGACCUUCAUUGCUACCGAGGGCUUGAGCACUGGCCAAUUCGUCUACUGCGGCAAGAAGGCUGCCAUCAACGUCGGCAACGUCCUGCCUCUGUCCGCUCUGCCAGAGGGUACCAUUGUCUGCAACGUAGAGGAGAAGGCUGGCGACCGAGGAACCCUUGCUCGCACUUCCGGCAACUACGCCACCCUCAUCGGACACGACAACGAUGGCACCACCCGUAUUCGUCUUCCAUCGGGUGCCAAGAAGUCUGUUCCCUCUGGCAGUCGCGCUACUGUUGGUAUCGUCGCCGGUGGUGGCCGUGUCGACAAGCCUUUGCUCAAGGCUGGUCGCGCUCACCACAAGUUCAAGGUCAAGCGCAACAGCUGGCCCAAGACUCGUGGUGUGGCUAUGAACCGUGAGUGUUGCGCAAGGAAGCCAUGCGUUCGAAAGGAGGAAAGCGCCCGGUAUCUGGCACGCUCUUGGGAGGUUGCUGAGCUUUGUUUCAUCGUCUUGCACUCGCAGCCGUCGAUCACCCUCAUGGUGGUGGUAACCACCAGCACAUUGGUCACGCCUCCACCGUCGCUCGCUCCAGCGUUCCCGGUCAGAAGGCUGGUCUCAUCGCUGCUCGUCGCACUGGUCUCAUCACUGGUGCUGCCCACAACAAGGACGCAUAA